AUGUGCAAGUGUGCGGGCUGCUUCGCUGCCCCGAGCGGGCGGGGAGCCGGUCCGCUCCAGGUGGCCGGUGGCGGGAGCGAGGGAGCGGACAUGGACUUCGACUCGUACCAGCACUAUUUCUACGACUAUGACUGCGGAGAGGAUUUCUACCGCUCCACGGCGCCCAGCGAGGACAUCUGGAAGAAAUUCGAGCUGGUGCCGUCGCCCCCCACGUCGCCGCCCUGGAGCUCCGGUCCCGGCGACGGAGACGCGGGCCCCGGAAUUGGUCCUCCGGAGCCGUGGCCCGGAGGGGGCGCCGGGGACGAUGCAGAAUCCCGGGGUCACUCGAAAGCUUGGGGCAGGAACUACGCUUCCAUCAUCCGCCGAGACUGUAUGUGGAGCGGCUUUUCGGCCCGGGAACGGCUGGAGAGAGCGGUGAGCGACCGGCUUGUCGCUGGCGCGCCCCGGGGGAACCCGCCCAAGGCGCCCGCCGCCCCGGACUGCGCUCCCAGCCUCGAAGCCGGCAACCCGGCGCCCGCUGCCCCCUGUCCGCUGGGCGAGCCCAAGACCCAGGCCUGCUCGGGGUCCGAGAGCCCAAGCGACUCGGAGGGUGAAGAAAUUGACGUUGUGACAGUGGAGAAGAGGCAGUCCCUGGGUGUCCGGAAGCCGGUCACCAUCACGGUACGAGCAGACCCUUUGGACCCCUGCAUGAAACACUUCCACAUCUCCAUCCAUCAACAACAGCACAACUAUGCUGCCCGUUUUCCUCCAGAAAGCUGCUCCCAAGGAGAGGCUCCAGAGCCAGGGCCCCGUGAAGAUGGUCUGAAGACAGAUGCACCAGAAGAAAAGGAAGAUGAGGCAGAUGAAGAAAUUGUGAGUCUCCCACCUGUAGAAAGCGAGCCUUCCCAGUCCUGCAACCCUAAACCUGUCAGUUCUGACACUGAGGACGUGACCAAGAGGAAGAACCAUAACUUCCUGGAGCGCAAAAGGCGGAAUGACCUCCGUUCCAGGUUCUUGGCCCUGAGGGAUCAGGUCCCUACCCUGGCCACCUGCUCCAAGGCCCCCAAAGUUGUGAUCCUGAGCAAGGCCUUGGAAUACUUGCAGGCCCUAGUGGGAGCCGAGAAGAGGAUGACUACGGAGAAAAGGCAGCUCCGGUGUCGGCAGCAACAGCUGCAGAAGAGAAUCGCGUACCUCAGUGGCUAUUAA